CCCCGUCGCUGUCCAGGACCACGUGAUGCUGCUGCCGUGGCUUCUGGUCUUGUCCACUGUGGGUCUCGGGGCCCGGGGUGAUGUCUCCUGGGAUAAAGCACAAACCAAAGACAUGUUGGAGAGGCUCCAGGACCUGUUUACCAACAUCUCCCAGCUCACAGGAAAAGGCAGACUGGAUGUCGCCACUGUGGUCUCUCGCAAGGAGUGGGGGGCAGAAGCUGUGGGCUGCAGCCCCCGGCUGACCACGCCGGUGGGUUUCCUCAUCAUGCACCACGUCCCUGGACUGGAGUGUCACAACCAGACUGUCUGUGGUCAGAGGCUGCGGGAGCUGCAGACUCAGCACGUGCACAGCAACAACUGGUGUGACGUGGCCUACAACUACCUGGUUGGGGACGACGGCAGGGUGUACGAAGGCGUCGGCUGGGACGUGCAAGGCAUGCACACCCCGGGUUACAACAACAUCUCCCUGGGCCUCGCCUUCUUCGGCACCAAGGAAGGCCACAGUCCCAGCCCUGCUGCCCUCUGUGCCAUGGAGGGCCUGAUCUCCUAUGCUGUCCAGAAAGGCCACCUGUCACCCUUGUACGUUCAGCCAUUUCUUGUGAAAGGCGAGAACUGCCUGGCCCCUCGGCAGACGGCUAGUCCCAAGAAAGCUUGCCCCGCCAUUGUCCCUCGGUCUGCUUGGGAGGCCAGGGAAACCCACUGCUCCACUAUGACCGUCCCGGCUAAGUAUGUCAUCAUCAUUCACACCGCCGAGAGAACCUGCAACACGCCUGAUGAGUGUUGUCCGCUGGUCCAAACUAUGCAGUCUCGGUUCAUGGAUAGACUCUACACAUGUGACAUUGGGUAUAACUUCCUCAUGGGCCAGGACGGCGCCAUUUAUGAAGGCGUGGGUUGGAAUGUUCAAGGCUCCCACACUCCUGGCUAUGAUGACAUCGCCCUGGGACUGGCCUUCAUGGGCACCUUUUCAGAAAAGCCCCCCAACGCCAUGGCACUGGAGGCGGCCCAGACCCUGAUCCAGUGUGCGGUGGACAAGGGGUACCUGAGCCCCAACUACCUUCUGGUGGGGCACAGUGACGUUAGCAAUACCCUGUCUCCUGGGAAGGCUUUGCACAACAUCAUCAGCACCUGGCCUCAUUUCAGACAAUGAGGGAGCCCCUGCUCCCUGAGACUGCCCCCACCACACCCCCCAUGGGCUGCUGGGCCUCCCCUGUCCUCACCCUCCACCCUGGCUCAACACCCCAUGUCACCUCUCUGCCAGCCCCAUCUGUCCCUCUUCUCUCAGGUUGAUAUGAUCCUCUCCUUGUUAGCAUCCUCCAGCGGCCCCCAAACCCCGUAGCUGGGCACCCCAGGCCUCUGAGUCUGGGCCCAGCCUUCCUCUCUCCUCACCUUCCUCUCCCUGGGCACCCUGCUGGGCAUCGGCUGAGUGAGGACCCAGAGCGGUGGGGCUCUGCAGCCCUCCCUGCGUGUACUGGAAACACAGAAGUGUCCUCUGUUUCGCUGGCUCUUGGCCUGGGAAAUGGGAAGAGAGAAAGAGAAAAACAGAUGGGAUGAAUAAAAGAAAGAAAACGUGCAUGAGGAGAAGUAGAGCUGGAGCACACAGCAGCAGAGCUGUCACCCUCCUCCAACCACACUGGGUGCUUCCCGACCUCCAGGGAUCACACACGCUGUUCCCCUGAACACUGCCCCCCAUUUCCUCCUGUGCAAAUACUUCCCUCUAGUGAGCCAAUCUUCAAGCAUUAUAUCUGUUGCUUGCUUUGCCUGGAUAAUCAGAUGUCUACUGUGGGCAGUGAUUUGGCCCCAGGACCGAGGACUGGAAAGAGCAAGGUCGCACCCUUGGCAUCCCAUGUGACUGCCCAUCAAGGGCGUUUGUGGCAGAGUAGAGUCAUAAUAGCCAGCUAGAUCAGAUGACGUCAGUCAGUCAAUUUCCCUAACCACCUGGGUACUGGCUCAAGGGUCUCAUGUGGUCACGUGGCAGAGAUGAAGGCUACGCCUGGGCCCAGCGACAGUGUAGUUCCCUUCACCAAACCAAGCUGGCCACCACGACUGUUGACUGUCCAACCUGCUCACGGUGGAGGCCAAUGACGAGUUCCCAACUGGACCUUUUACCUGGGAGAUCCAGCCACACAACUAGGGGACAGAGUCUCCUCAUAAACCCCCAAUACGAGCAGAUGGGGACCAACCACUGAGAACCAUGGAAAUCUAUGGUGCCGGCAUCUGUGUCGGAGGAAGCAGGGUGCCUUGUGGAUCUGAGAACUGCAAAUGACCAAGAUGUACUUACCCACAAGUUUAGACAGCUCAGCAGCUAAAGUCAGGAGGGGUUUACACAUUUUGUGGUGACAUCUGCGGGACCUGGAGCUGUCUGGUUCCUAUGACUCAAAACUAGCCAGCUUCUAGAACAGAGUCCCCCAGGGGAGAACGCCUAAGAAGAGUGUCAUACGGGGCGUGGAUAAGAGAUACAAACAAACAGAAGAGGGUCAGAUAAGAGUGGGGGUGGACAUCAAGCUCGGUGCUCUCUGAGUAGAAGCCACCUCCAUCCUUGACCACUUGUCAGACUAGAAUGAUGAACAGGGAGCUUUAGAGUGAUGAGAUUAGAAAAGCCUCCCCAAACCAUACAUCCCCUUUAAAACUUCAGGUAAGCUAUUGGGUUGUCGGAAAAGUCAUGAAGUAUUUUUUUCUAUGUUUUUCGUUGCAAAAAUGCGU